AUGUAUCACUCAGCUUCUCCGGAGGGGUUGAAUGCCUCCCCCACUGCCAGUGAUAAUUCUCCAAAUGCUCUCCACGCACCCACCGCCCCCCGCCUUGCCCCAGAUGCCAGCUCGCGGAGCUGUGUCACUUGUCGCCGUCGCAAGGUCCGCUGUAACAAGCGGUCGCCUUGUUCCAAUUGUAUCAAAGCUGGCACCGACUGCAUCUUUCCCCCGCCUGGUCGUGCCCCGCGCAAGUCCAAACGCCCGCCCGAUGCGGAGCUCCUUUCCCGCCUUCGUCGCCUCGAGGGCGUCAUCGAGCAUUUGAGCGGGAAGAACCCGGAGGCCGCUUCGACUUCGGUUUCGCCGACUCAGCCUCCAUCUUCGGGAAUCCCGUCUGUUGGUUCUAGUGCUACAGCUGCGACGUCGACUGCGAUGGCUCCACAGCCAGCUGUAGCCCCUGCGGACUCUAAAGAUUCGACUGGAUGCCCGUUUGAAAACGACCCCACAAAGUUGAAUACUGGAAAGUUUGAAAAUGAGUUUGGAAGACUGGUUAUCGAUGAAGGGAGGAGUCGAUAUGUUAGCAAUCGACUUUGGGCCAGUUUGGGAGAUGAGGUCGAAGAGCUGCAGGAUAUCCUAGAUAAUUCCGAAUCCGAGGAAGAGGAUUAUCCAUCACCAGAGUCCUCUCACUCCGGUUCUCAUGAUGGAUUCCUCUUCGGCUUUUACUCCUUGUCGCACUCUCUUCGAGAGUAUCAUCCACCAUUUCCCAAGGUGUCCGUCUUCUGGGACAUCUAUAAAGAAUGUGUUGCUCCCUUGAUCACCAUUGUUCAUAAGCCAACCGCAAGGAAGCUGUUGGUUGAAGCGGCGCGGAAUCCUGAUUCCUUGGAUAAGAAUUCAGAAGCUUUGGUAUUUUCGAUAUACCUGUCUGUCAUUGUGGCUCUAAGUCCCGCCGAAUGUCUUGCAAACUUCGGAGAAGAUCGCACCCUUGCUGUCAAACGGUACCGCUUUGCCGUGGAACAAGCACUGGCGAAAGCCAACCUGCUAAACACCCAAAGUAUGGUACUCCUGCAAGCAGCGGUUCUCUUCCUGAUCUGCAUACGCAGAGAGGAUGAUUCCAAGUUUGUGUGGUCUAUGAACUCCAUAAUUCUGCGCCUCGCUCAGGGCUUAGGCCUGCAUCGCGAUGGCACGAAUUUCGCCUUAAAGCCAUUCGAGACGGAGAUGCGCCGACGGUUGUGGUGGCAUAUUUGUCUCAUGGACACUCGCUCCUCGGAGGAUCAUGGGACCGAUCCGCUCAUUCAUGACAGCAUGUAUGAUACUCGUCUUCCGCUGAAUGUCAACGACGACGACAUUUAUCCAGAGAUGACGGAGACGCCCACGGAACGAGAGGGCUGUACAGACGUGACGUUCUGUCUGGUUCGCUGUGAGAUCACUUGCGCGUUGCGGCGAGCAAACUACUCUUGCCCGGGAAGUCGAGCAUUCAAAAUGGUGGGCGCCACCGGGCCAUCGAUUGAACGUUGUGAGAAAAUGAUACAGAUCAUCAGCAGUCGUGUUGAGGAACGGUACAUCAAGCACUGCGACAUGAAUAUCCCCAUUCAUUGGGCAUCUGCGACAGUCGCCCGGUUAAUCCUCGCAAAGCUCUGGCUGAUUGUCCAUCACCCGAUGACUCGCAAAGACCGCAUCGCCAGUGUAUCCCAGGCAACUCGCGAAAGCUUGUUCCUCACCGCAAUCGAAGUUCUUGAAUUUGGCCGUCUGCUUGAAUCCGACCCCAAGACUGCUAAAUGGGGUUGGCUAUUCCGUACCAAUAUGCAGUGGCAUGGAGUCGCGUUCGUUCUAUCUGAAGUAUGCGUCCGUCCGAUCUGUCCUGUCACCGACAGAGCCUGGAACGCCAUCAGCUCGCUUUAUUCAGACUGGACUCUUCAGGCCACUCACAAGAAAGGCAUGCUCUGGCGUCCCCUUGCUGCGUUGAUGAAGCGAGCAGCAGCGACGCGAUCCAAGCAACAGGAGGAACUACGAAACAAGUUCGGACCGAACCCCACAGCUUACAAGUCUACCCCCAACGACUUCGCCACUAGCCAUCAGCACACACUCCCGCAAAUCCAUAUGCCGACCACUUUAAACGCUGAACCCGACCAAAAUGCCCCACUGAAUCCAACGAGCAUCGAUCUCACCAAAGGAGCCUGGGAUACGUUGCAGUACAUGUUCCCCGAUACAAACCUCCUAGCUCCAGUAACCCUGGAUAGCCCCCCAGUUCAAGACUCAAUUUCCGCAGUCAACAUUCCGACUGGACUACCAUUAUUCAACACCCCCUUGAGCAACUCCUUCAUGAACCAGGAGAACAUCCCCGAGACAAACUCUCUCAGCUGGGAAGAGUGGGACAAAGUCAUGCGCGAUUUCCAAAUGGACGUUGAAAGAGAAGACGAGGCUGCCCCUGCGAAUGGGACCCACGUUACAGAAUGGUUCGCAUAA